AUGCCUAGGAAGCUGAGGACGCAGGAGACAAGAAACGCGAAAAACGUAAGAUUACUAAUACGCAUGGAAAAUGUAGAAAAGGAGAGGAAAGAUAGUAACCUCAGGGAAUCUCGGCGAGCUCUGUUGGGGAGACAAGGUCAGAUUUAUAGUACCAUGAUUCCUAGGCUAGAUGGGUUCGGUUUCUUUGCUUUGAGCUUUGGGGAGAGAAGUUUUACCGUUAUCGAAUAA